GUUUCCGAUUCCGUCGCGGCGCGGCUAGCGGUCGCCAUCUUGAAAUGUCAAACUGAAACGCCGCCGGGAGAAAUUUGUACGAGUUUUUAAUUAAAAUUGAGAGAAUAUUACUUCAUAGAUAAUUAAUCAACAUGUCUGGUGGAGGAAGUGGUAGUAACAGAAAUGAGUGCAGAAUAUACGUUGGUAAUCUACCCCCCGACAUAAGAACAAAGGAUAUCCAAGACUUAUUCUACAAAUUCGGCAAAGUCACAUUUGUCGAUCUGAAAAACAGAAAAGGCCCACCAUUUGCUUUCGUCGAGUUCGAGGAUCCAAGAGACGCGGACGACGCGGUGCGCGCCCGUGACGGCUACGACUAUGACGGCUACCGUCUCCGCGUGGAGUUCCCCCGCGGCGGGGGCGGCGGCGGGCGCGGGGGGCGCGGCGGCGGCGGCGAGCGGUUCGCGAGGGGCGCGGGAAGAGGACCACCGGCCAGGAGGUCGGAGUACCGGGUGAUGGUGACUGGGCUGCCACCGUCGGGGUCGUGGCAGGAUCUUAAGGAUCACAUGCGUGAGGCCGGUGACGUGUGCUUCGCCGACACGUUCAAGGACGGCUCCGGGGUGGUGGAGUUCCUGCGGCACGAGGACAUGAAGUACGCCGUCAAGAAGCUGGACGACUCGAGGUUCCGUAGCCACGAGGGAGAAGUAACAUACAUCCGUGUGAAAGAGGACUACGGCGGCGGCAGCGGCGACCGCUACGGCGGGGGUGGCGGCGACCGCGACCGUGACAGGUCUCGUUCCUACUCCCCGCGGCGGCGCGGCUCGCCCACCUACUCGCCCGUGCGGCGCUCCUACAGCCGCUCGCGCUCGCGGGAGCACCACGCCUAUUGACCACAUGUGCUCCGAAAUGACGGGAUCUAAAGGAUUAAAUAAAAAAGGAUCAUGAAACCUUCAGGGUUCGAUCCCCGCACAGCCCACUGGACUGGACGGAUUGUCACGGACUUAACGUAACGGAUUUAACAUUUUCAUUUUGGGUUCGAUUCCCAGAGCACAAAGGAUAAAAGGAUGGAUUUAUUCAAGGACUGGACUGGUAAGAUACGGAUGGACCCCCAACGCGGCCGGGUUCGAUUCCCGGUCGCUCCCUUGACGUAGCGAAGGAUCGGAAGGACUCUGAAGUGGAUUCUCUGGAUGGAUAGUGUGGAGACAGGGCGGAUGCCGACGGAUAAGCUAACUGAGGAUGGUUUGAUCGACAGCUGACGGCGGCGCGGCGGCGGCGGCGGCGGCGGAGUAGCGAGCGCCCCCGGGGUCAAGGAAGGUUCUAGAUCUACCCUCCGAUAAUGCCCUAACUUUUUAACGUUGCCUUGUUUCUCCUAUUUUUACGACGCCUUUUUCCAGGCGUCGCUUACGUAAGGUUGUUCUUUUCUAAUGCAUUUUCAGAGCAAUACCUAUAGUGAUCGUGUUCGUGAGUUUUGAACGAUAUCUUAGAACGUUUCUGACCCCGUAUUGUAAGUGAUAAGUAGUGUAGCGAGCGCCCGGCAGGGGGCGCCGCGGUCGACCUGGUUCACGCUCGUGAUGCGUCGAUAUAAUUAAAUGUAUUUUCUUUUGUUUCAUCCACUGACACUGUUGGGCGGUCGGAUGUCUUGGCGCCGUGAGAGUCAGGCUCGGUAGGAUCGUCGCUGGAUAAGGAUACGGAUAAAGGAUAGACCGGACAGCCGCCUGUCCGUAGCGGACGGAACCCGGGACGGACCGCCUCUAGACGAUCACGGACCCAAGGGUAUGCUUUUUGAAAUUAUUGCCAAAAUAAUAUUGUUGAGUGCACGCUCUCGAGCCGAGACAUUAAUGUUUGUUUGAGACCCUCUUUUACUGACACCGACGUGGCUUCUCGAUGUCUCCUCGUCGUAGGGCUUCGCUCGGCCCACAGCUCAGUACACUUUGCCUUACUUCAGCGAACGCACGCCUUUGGCGUUAAAUAGUUGGCGACGAUGUUAGUCAAUCAUGUUGCGUAUAAAAAGCAAUAAAUAAAGUGUAGUUUGCUAGCGGGCCGCACCUCGGCGUAGGUGCUAGCGCAUUGUAAUCAAGUCUUGAUAGCAAUGCGUGGUGCCUACGCGUUGAGGUACUAGAUCUAGACCUAACAUGUACUGUGGAGCAUGCUUUAAGCUUUCUCUAGACCGCGCAUACUCACUAGUUCGAAGACUGAAUCCGACAAGUUUAUAUUUCCAUAUUUUUAUAUCCUUUGACGUAUCGCGGACUGUAACUACGAAAGGACAAUGUAAAGUUUUAAAUGUAUUAUCACUGUUUGUGAAUAUUCUUGUACUGUUGUGUAAUGAACUCAAUAUUAAAUCACAAAGUUGUAGCCUAGAACAGAUGGAGCUGUUGACAUUGAUAUCAUAGUUGUAAUGUGUGACGAUUUAAUGUAAUUUAGUGAAACUGGAUGUGCAUUCCAAAGACCAACAGUUUGAUGGACUACAAUAAAUUCUUUUAAAUUAGAA